GAGUUGAAAUCGACUUGACAGCAUCUAACAACAAAACUGUCCCAGAAUUUUGUCAAGCAACACACCCGUUAAUUAAGCAAAGUGGAUAUUACACUUCUAAGUAUAAUGGACACCCAGGAAGUAGAAUGCCUGACAAAUUUAUGGCUAAAACCCACAGAGCUUGGAGUUUGGUUUCAUACACAAGCUUAGUGCUGAAUUCUUUCAUCUGCAAUGGACAGUCAAGUGACAUAUGCUGAUUUAAACUUAUCCAGGCAGUCAGCCCAUGGAAGUUCAUCACCCCCAUCUCUUCCUCAGGAUGUCUGUCAGGGUCCACGUUGGCAUCAAUUUACUCUGAAACUUGGCUGUGCUGGGAUUAUUCUCUUUGCCUUGGCUGUGAUAGGGUUGAGUGUUUCAGUGAUAUUUUUAAGUCAGAAAUCAACAGAAAAAUGUAGCGUAGAUGCUCAAGAAGAGUACAGGAGUACUCAAGAAUACAGGAAUGAAACAACAGAGAGACCGGGUCCAUUAAGAUGCCCAAUACACUGGUGUUCACUUCGAGGGAAAUGCUUGUUUCUUUCUCACACUUUCAACUCCUGGAAGAACAGCUUAGCAGAUUGUUACACAAAAGAGUCCAGUUUGCUAAUUAUUCAAGAUGAAGAAGAAUUGAGACUCAUACAGGGCCUGAUAAAGUCUGGAGGAAUUCUGUAUUGGAUUGGAUUAAAUUUUACAUCAGAGAAGAACUGGAAGUGGAUAAAUGGCUCUUUUUUAAAUUCUAAUGUAUUAAAAAUCGAUGGUCUUGCUUAUGGAAACAGCUGUGCUUUCAUCUCAAAUGAAAAAAUUUUUUCUGAAGACUGUUUUGUCGAAAAUAAAUGGAUCUGCCAAAAAGAACCAAAACCUGUCAGAAAGAGCGGGACUUGACAUUUGACUAUGCUUAUAAAUCCCACCUAAACUUCUUUACUUUCCAUUACAGGUCUCUGAACUUCUAACUGAUAACUGCCUAAUGUAUGCUUAGUGACAAAAAAGGAACAAAUGCUGAGAAUUCUGAAAUUGUUAUGGACCUUACAGAUGUUCAUAUCCAACCUACUCAUUCUAGAAAAUGAGGAAACAGAGACAUGGAGAAUAGGUUUGUUAUUUUGAGAGACAGUGAUAUUUAAUGGAAAGAAAUUCGGACCAACUGUAUUCUUCUCCUGGUUUACAUGUGUAACCUUCAUUGAUCCCUUCUGUGCCUUAGCUCAUCUCGAGAAAAGUUGUAGUAAAGUAUUUCUAAAGCCCUGUGUGUCUCUUACAGUCCAUGAGAUCAUCACAUAACUGAGUGACAGCAGAGCCUUGAUUAAAGCUCAUUUCUUGACUCUAGAUCAGGGACCUCAUAACUUUUUAAGAGUUUGGAAAGGGACCUUUCUCUUCCCACCAUACCAAAGCUCUUCCCAUUGAAUUUUCUGAUUACUUCUUUUUCUCCCAUGUCUUCUUCUUUCUACGGCUCACACACAAGUAAUAGGUGACAUGUAAUUAAAUCUUUCAUUAUCCUAAUAAUAAACAAGUGAUAGCUUCAAACACUGCAGUUAGAGAAACUAAAGUUUAAAAAAAAGGUGUUUGUUCCAAAAUAGAUCUCUCACUUUUCAAAAAAAGCCAAUUUUUUUUAAUGGAAAACAAAUAACAUUAUAAUUAGGAUUUACCCUGUACAGAGACUUAUAACAAAAGUUCCGGAAAAAGAAAAAAAAAAGAUUUCUAGUUACCCUGGUAAUUCAUUGCCAAAGUGAAUUAUAUACAUUUCAGUAUUAUACCAUAAUGACCAAAAUAACUUCCCAAUUUCUUGUACCCCGCAAAAAGAAAAUUUAUAAUACUUUUUAUUAAUAAACUUUAAAUCCAUAAAAAAUCAAAAAUCUAAUUAAAUUUGUUCCAAUUGCUUAGGAAAUGCAUUACUUAGGAAGAAAUUUUAGACAAAAGCAUCGAUACUAAAUAAUACAAAAUAAAAAUGAAAUUUUUGAACUGGUUGUCACUUUUGGGGAAGAAACCUAUAGUGACACUAGUAGGAGUACGGAAGUCUGAAGAAAAUAUUUCCAUUAUUAGCAGUGUGCAUCCCUGCCUUUUGGGGAAGCUGUUCAUAGCAACCUUCUAAAGCAGCUCAGCAUAAGUCUGAGUCUAUCCAGUUAGUUCAGAAUUCAUUCCAAACUUUGGCCUUUUCUUCCUUUUAUACUUGUUAUAUCUGAAAUCAUGUACCCUUAAGACAUGCACCUGUAAGAAACUUUUACAAUGAAAGUAACCCAAAAAAGUUAAUCUGUCACCGUCAUUUGCAAUUGCAGUAUUAGAUAAUUUGAUUCGAUAACUAGAUACUGUGGAAGUGUACUUACUGCUGCGUAUCAUAUUGCUGACAUCAUCUCUGAAACUCAAACUAUAACAGGCAGAAGGCAUGACUGGCCAAAUUCUAGACAGGUUAAAAAAUGUUUGGCUCAAGGGGGAAAAUUUGUAAGAGGCUAUUUUUUAGAGAAGUUGUAGAUUCAUAGAGAAAUUGCACAGAAAGUACAGAGUCUCUGUAUACCCCUCCUCCUCCCUGCACAGUUCCUCUUAUUUACAUAUUGUAUCAGUGUGGUAGUUUUGUUACAAUUAUUGAAUUAACAUUGAUUCAUUAUUAUUAACUAAAGUCCAUAGUUUACCUUAGGGUUCACUCUUUGUGUUGUAACACUUUAUGAAUUUUGACAACUGCAUAAUCUCACAUACCUUCCAUUACAAUAUUGUGCAGAAUAGUUUCAUUGCCCUUAAAGUAAGUCUAUGUUUAGCUUGUAAGAAACUGUAAGACCACCUUCCACAGUGGCUGUACCAUUUUGCAUUCCCACCAGCAAUGAAGAAGGGUUCCUGUUGUUCCACAUCCUUGCUAGCAUUUGGUAUUGUCAGUGUUUUGGAUUUUAGCCACCCUAAGAAGUCCAAGAGGCACUUGGUGAAAAAGAGGCUUCAAGAAUUGAUGGAAUACCAAUUGAGAUGUUUUAACAAAUGAAAGCAAUGCUGGAAGCACUCACUCAUCAAUGCCAAGAAAUUUUGAAGACAGCUACCUGGUCAAACGACUGGAAGAAAUCCAUAUUUGUGCCCUUUCUAAAGGAAGGUAGAUCCAAUAGAAUGCAGAAAUUAUCAGACGAUAUUAUUAAUAUCACACACAAGUAAAAUUUGGCUGAAGGUCAUUCAAAAGUGGCUGCAGCAGUUCAUCAGCAGGGAACUGCCAGAAAUUCAAGCCGGAUUCAGAAGAGGACAUAAAACCAGGGAUAUCAUUGCUGAUGUCAGAUGGAUUCUGGCUGAAAGCAGAGAAUACCAGAAAGAUGUUUACUUGUGUUUUAUGGACUAUGCAAAGGCAUUCAACUGUGUGGAUCAUAACAAAUUAUGGAUAAUAUUGUGAGGAGUAGAAACUCCAGAACACUUCAUUGUGGUCAUGCAGAACCUGUACCUAGACCAAGAUGCAGCCCUUCAAACAGAACAAGGGGAUAUUGUGUGGUUUAAGAUCAGGAAAUGUUUGCAUUGGAAUUUUUUUCUUUUCACCAUAUUUAUUCAAUCUGUAUGCUGGGCAAAUAACCCAAGAAACUGUACUACAUGAAGAAUGUGGCAUCAGGAUUGGAAGAAGACUCAUUAGUAACCUGUGCUAUGCAGCUGACACAACCUUGCUUGUUGAAAGAGAAGAGGGAUUUGAAGCACUUACUGAUGAAGAUAAAAGACUGUAGCCUUCAGUAUGGAUUACGCCUCAACAUAAAAGAAAACAAAAAUCCUCACUACUGGACCAAUAGCCAACAUCAUGAUAAACAGGAAAAAUGCUGAAGUUGUCAAGGAUUUCAUUUUACUUGGAUUCACAGUCAAUGCUCAUGGAAGCAGCAGUCAAGAAAUCAAAUGAUGUAUUGCAUUGGGUACAUCUGUUGCAAAAGACCCCUUUGAAGUGUCAUAAAGCAAAGAUGUCACUUUGAGGACCAAGGUACACCUGACCCAAGCUGUGGUAUUUCCAAUAGCCUCAAAUGCAUGUGAAAUCUGGACAAUGAAUAAGGAAGACUGAAGAAGAAUAUAUGACUUUGAAUUAUGGUGUUGGCAGAGAAUAUUGAUUAUAAUACCGUGGACUGCCAGAAGAAAGAACAAAUCUGUCUUGGAAGAAGUACAGCCAGAAUGCACCUUAGAAGCCAGGAUGGCAAGCCAGCAAGACUUCAUCUCACAGACUUUGGACACGUUAUCAGUCCAUGAAGAAGAACAUCACGCUUAGUAAAGUGGAGGGUCAGCAAAAAAGAGGAAGAAUCUGAAUGAGAUGGAUCCACACAGUAGCUCCAACAAUGGGAUCAAACAUAGCAAUGAUUGUGAGGACGGCACAGAACUGGGCAGUGUUUUGUUUUACUGUACAUAGGGUCACUCUGAGUCGGGACUGACUCACUGGCACCUAACAACAACAACAAAGGGUUGCCAUGAGUCAAAAUUCACUCCCACAGAAACUGGUAAUUGGUGUGUGGAAUCCCUGUGUGGUGCAAACAGCUAAUGAGCUCAACUGCUAACUAAAAGGUUAGAGGUUUGAGUACACCAAGAGGUGCCUUGGAAGAAAGUACUGGUGAUCUACUUCUGAAAAAUCAUCCAUUGAAAGAAAACCUUACGGAGUACAGUGCUAUUCUGACUCACAUGAGGUCACCAUGAGUUGGUGUAGACUCAGGGCAAUUGGUUUAAUAAAUAAAUGUGUAGGGGUAUCUCAUUGUUGUUUGAACUUGCGUGUAUGUUGUUGAACAUCUUUUAAUAUGUAUGUUUGCCAUUUGUAUAUCUUCUUUGGUGAGGUGUCUGUUCAGAUGUUUUGCUCAUUUUGUAACGGAAUUUUUUCCCUUAUUUUGAAGUUUUGAGAGCUGUUUAUAUAUUUUGGAUACAAUCCUUAAUCAGAUGCAUGUUUUGUAAAUAUUUUCUUCCAGCCUGUGACUUUUCAUCCUCUUAACAGGUGAAAAAUUUUGGUUAUAGUAUUUGAGUAAAUAUUUAUUGACCAUAAACUUAUUACAACUCCAAAUCAUGCCAAAAGAGCUUCUUAGCAGGACAUUCAAGGUCAGCCACCUACUUUAUGGGUGUUAUCUUACACUAUGUGCCUCUGUGCAGCUCAUUCUCCCGGACAAUUACUCCUUACCAGGCUCAAACACAUCCUAACCUUUUAUGCUUUCAUGGUUUAAUGCAUGUUGUCCCAUAAGCCUGAGAUCUCUUAUCACCUAAUCUUUCAUUCUUUGCCUAGAAAAAUCCUAAUAAUUGUAGAAGACUUGAUUCAAAUAUUAAUUUCUUUAUGAUUAUUUCCUCUCAUAAUUUAUAAUCUAUUUCUUCCCACUUUUCUGAAACAUGAUUUACUUCCUUUUUUUGUUCUGUUAUAGUCAGUUGUUUUUAUGUCUGUAAGGCUGAUUCCACUUCUCCUCUGGUUGGAGUCAGACAAGUACCAAGAUAGGACAAUUAAAGGAAGAAAGGAGACAGUCACCAACUCCUUUUAAUGUAGUAAGCUAAAAAGAAGUUAUUCUUGGCAGAGUAACGAUCUGUUUGUUGUAGUAAAAACACUCUGAAAGUCGGUCAGUGAGAUUCCCUCUGUUUUUUAUGUCACAUGCUUAGAUUUGAAGUCUGUUGCUCCUGUUUUACCUUCCACUCACUCACUCCACAGAGUUCUUCAAUAUGUAUGGUGUGGGUUAAAAAGUAGGUACAGUAGGAAAAUUCUUAUGGUGGAAAAAUUAAAAAAGAAAAUGUUCUUCAGACACUAGCCUAGUUUUUCAUUUUUAUUUUACCAUUGUCUCUAAUCCACAGAUGUGCGAGCAGUCAACAAUCAGAUGUUUCUCUCAUAAUACAGGUAUAGGUAAACAAGAGUAACUUUUGCCUUCUGUACCACACAGCUUGGGGAAAAAAAAAAAUACAAGAAGCACAAGGGAAGAAAAAGAUAAUUCUAAGUAAUAAUAAUAAUUUUGAGUCCUAAACACUCAUAAAGUCAUAAAGCAACUAGCUUAUACUGGUCUGGUGUGGGGAGCUUUUUGCCUACUUUUUGGCAGCAAUUCAAGUUUACUUCUGCAGUUGUUUCUGAUGAAUUCUGCUCUGCCACCUUUUGGCCUUAUUUACUUUUUGUUUUUUCUUUUGUAGUUGCUCUUGUUCCUCUCCAAGCAAAACAGAAAAAAACAAAUUUCUGUAUCCACCAGGACAGUUUUAUUCAGAACCAGCACCUGCAUUUUAGCCCUUUGAAACAUCUUGUUUAUUUCCUUCAUAAUAUAUAAAAAUAGAUAACCCAUUUAUUUGUUUAUUUGCUUAUUAUUAUUAUCAUUAUUGGCCUCUAUCUGUGGCAAUAUGAGCUCCAUGAUAAGAAGGGCCUUCUUAGUGUUUGUUACCAACGUCUGGUUCUGGCACACAGUAGGUAAUAAAUAGUUCCUAAACAGAUAAAUAAAUUAUUACAAAUCAUAAAGCAGGACCACAGAUUGAUUUUUCAACAUUGAGGAGCUGACCCAUUAAUGCAGGUAACACCCGAGUUUGAUAUUCCAGGCACGAAGUUAAUUGCACUCUCUACCUCAACACAACAGUCCCUGGGUGAUGCAAAUGGUUGAUGUGCUCAGCUUCUUAACACUUAGGAAGAAAAUCUGGGCAAUCUACUUCCAAAAAAUCAGCCAUUGAAAACCCUGUGGAGAACAGUUCUACUCUGACACACUGGGGUCAGCCCAAGUCCGAGUCAACUUGACCACAACUGAUUUAGGUAGUUAAUGAUAAUCAACUCAUUUUUCAGGAGAUGCUAUGAAGGGUAAGAAUGCAUUUGUGAGAAUGCAUCAUCAGGGAAUUGCAAGUUAAUAUGACGAUGAGAUACUACUACGCGUCUACUAACCAAACCUGUUGCCACUGAUUUGACUCCAACUCAUGGGUGACCGCCUGUGUGUUAGAGUAGAACUGUACUCCGCAGAGUUUUCAAUAGCUGAUUUUUCAGAGGCAGAUUGCCAGAUCUUUCUUCCUGGGCACCUCUAGGUGGACUAUAAUCUCUAAACUUUCAGUUAGCAGUUCAGCACGUUAACCAUUUGCACCACCCACCUACUCCUUAUAACACUGUACACCGUGUUACCAAUGCAUUGUUUGGAAAUGCAUAUAUUUAUUCUAUAAGAUUUAUUAUGUGCCUGCUAUGCAUUGGGCACCAAAAAGCUGUGAACAAGACAGGAAAAGUGCUUACUGUUUCUUAGACCUUCUGUUCUAGCAAGGAUGAAACAAACAAACUAUAAAUAAACAAUAAAAAGAAGGUAAUUUCAGAUGGUGUUAAACAUUCUAAAGGUGCGUGUGCUACAGUAUCUGGGAGGCUCUAUUAGAUCCAAUGGUCAGGGAAUACUUUCCUGAGAAUGUGAAGAUCUGAGGCAGGAGCAUUCCAAUCACAGGGAUUAGCUGGAGCAAAGGACCUAAGGCAGGAAGGAGCUGGCAUGUGCUACGAGCAGAGAGAAAUUUUUGUGGAUAGAAUAUAACCAGUACGGCAGCAGAGGCAAGGUUGAUGAAGGUUGAAUGAUAAAAGAUGAGGCUGGAGAGACGUAAAAGAUCCAGAUGCUACUGGACCUUCUAUUUUUCUCCGACUGUAAUGGGGAGUUAUUGGAUGGUGGAGUCCCUGCGUGGUAUAAAUGGUUAAUACACUCAGCUGUUAAGCCAAAGGUUUGAGUUUGAGUCCACUCAGAAGAACCUAGGAGAAAAGUCCUGAUGAUCUAUUCCUAGAAAAUCAGCUAUCGAAAAUUGUGGAGCACAGUUCUACUCUGAUGCAUAUGGGGUUAUCAUGUGUCAGAGUUGAAUCUAUAGCAUCUGGUUCUGGUUAAGCAGAGGAAAGAUGCGAUCUGGUUUAUAUUUUAGAAAAAUAACUCUGGCUGCUAAGUGGGGUUGUUCAUAGAAAGGCAAUAGUGGAAGCGGCAGACAAUGAGAACUGUUGAUCUACUGAGAAUGUGUAAAUACAGAAGAGAAGAGGGUCAAGAAUAAAAUUUUAAGGCACUUCAACAUUUAGAAGAAAGCAGGUAAGUACAAGUCUGGAAAUAAGAAAGCGUGACUCCUGAGGCUGGAAGAAGAGCUGAAGAAUGUGGUGCUUUGGGGAAGACAUGAGAGAAACAUUGAGCAGGGGAUGUUUUGUUUAUAGUAUUCCUCUUCAGCAGUAUCAAGUAUGUGAGAGGAAAUCAACAAAUUCCACAAUUACACUUACUCUUGAGCCAUAAAUAAUGCCAGUGCUAUACAAGUAGCUAAUAAUGAGUUAAUAUCAUUAUUGUAUUUUCAUCACUGCAGGCCAUAUACACAGUUAAGUGCUCGGUUAAGACCUGGUAAUGUGCUCCUAUAAAGUUACACCUUCUCCUCACCUAUCCACUAUCUCUUUAUCUGACUCUUUGCAUUUAUGACAAUAGUAGAAAAUCUACCACCCAAAUAAUUUGUACACUAACAACAUACAUCUGUCAGUAAUAAAUGUUGAGGCAUGAGGCAAGAGUAAUGCUGGCUGUUAUGAUUAAGCUUAUGUGUCAGCUUGGCUGGGCCAUGAUUCUCAGUGGUUUGGCAGUUAAGUAAUGAAGUAGUCAUCCUCCAUUUUGUGAUUUGAUGCAGUCUUCCUCCAUUUUCACAUAACACCAAUUUCAUAUAACAAUGUGAUCUUUAGAACCUAACCAUAUGGAGAGGUUGUAUGGUCUAGAAAACCCUCUGGGGCAAUUCUACUCUAUCACAUAGGGUCACUAUGUGUCAAAAAUCAAUUCCAUGACACCUAACAACAACAGGCCAUAUCCAUACAUAAAUCUUAUUCAGAUAUAACUUACUAUUCAUUCAGCUGCAAUAUUUCUAGCAGAAGACCUAACAGAAUUUUUAAGUUUUGCCAAGCCUAUAAAUAUGUAUUACUUGUUGUGUUGCAACAGUUAAAAGGCUUUUAGCAAACCAACCCAAUAAAUAUCAUUUUAAUCCACAUAAAUUUAGCCCAACUACUUAACCUGGAGCAGGGCUACAUGGUUAAGUACUACAGCCAGCCUUAG